CCAUCACUAGUUUUCAGUACCUUUCCAGAAAAUGGUGGGAUUGCGUUUCGUGGUGAACAUUGACACGUAUUUUUAUAAAAGUAGUGAAUAAUUUGAGAAAAAGCAGUAAUGAUCACCCAUUUUUGAUAAAUUAUACUUGCUGUGGAUACAAAAUCAAUAGAAAUGGAGUUCCGGGAGACCCUGUUGGCCGCCCAAAGAAAUCAACAACAAAAAUCAUCUGAAAACUUAUACUACAAGGCUAGGUUUGACCCGCCGAAAAAGGAAUCAAAGCCAAGAGAUAAGCUGUCUGCCAACAUUCAGAAAUUCUUGGCUAAAAAGGAGGAGGAAGAACGGCAAAAGAAGUUGGAUGCUAUAAAAAAACGAGAUGAAUUACUGGCUAUGAGAGAUCCGAAGGCGAUGAGGAAGAUUCAAAAAUCUUUGAAGGUGUUCAGAUCUGCCAACAAGUCAGUCCUUGAGGAUGCAGUGGACCAUGAGCACACCGCUGUCACCAGGGAAGGGCCUUCGCAACCAGAUCAAGACGACUACGGGUAUGAGUCUCAAGAAGCCGCUGCCAUAUAUGCCAAGAUGAUGGAGAAAUACAGUAAAAUACCUGAUGAGCCAAAAUUUCCUACUACAAGCAGUAAAAGCAAAAAAGACCUUGACGGGACCAGAGAGAGAGUGAAGCAAGCACUGCAGCAUGAAGACGACCCGGUGCCUCACAAGAGAAGGAGAAGAAAUGAUAAAGGAGAAUUAGUUGAAGAAAAAGAUCCAUCUCCACCACCACAAGAGAAAAAAAAAGAUGAGAAGCCAAAAAUCAGGAGACCUGCACCACCUCCCAUGGACUUCAACCAGUUGUUGAAACUCGCUGAACAAAAAAAGGCUGAGCCGGUGUUAGGAAUCGCUCCUAUCCCUAAGAAGUCAUCAGAGCCAGAGCCAGAAAGGCUUAUGACCAAGAAACAGAAACGGGAAUAUGAAGAGGAAAUGGCACGCCGUAUGAGAAGACAGGAGAGAUUGGAUGCUGAAAAGAGUGGGCGAAAAGUGCCAAAAGAAGAGCCGAGGGCGACAGAAAGGGAGAGAAAACCUGAAGGUACCCCAGGAAGUGGAUUUGGCAGAAUUCCUAAACUAAGUGACAAAAACUCCAAUAACAGAAACGAUAGUCCCAAGUCUUCCAGUAAUUCCAGUAGUAGAACAGAUAAAGAUAAAAUUGCUUAUGAAAAAGAGAGAAUCGAAAGGUUGCAAAAAGAGAGGGAGAGAGCCAGAUCUGAUAAGGAGAGAGCAGAAAGGGAUAAAGAAAGGACAGAAAGGGAGAGGACAGACAGGGAUAAGCUAGACAAAUUGAAAGCAGAGAGGGAAAGAAUUGAACGAGACAUAGAACGAUUGAACAAAGACAGAGACAGGUUAGUGAAGUCAAAGUUAAAACUUGAAUCUAAUAGCAAGAAUCCAGACAAACCAGUAGAUAAAAGAGUAGGUAGUAAAGAUCAAGAAUUAAAAAAGAACAUAGAUCUUAAAAGCCAGAACACUUAUAGAAUAGAUAAAAAUUCUAAUGAGCGAAAGAACACACUACCAAGUAGAAGUAGUGUAAACGGACAUAGUUCACAGGGUAAACCAGUGCCAAAGGAUAAAUAUCCUAUGAAAGAUCAAAGAUCGAAUGGAAAUAGGCCGGAAAAUGGCAAGAAAAUGAUGGAGCAAAGCAAAGCUAAAGCUCGGCCUGAUGACAGAAAACCACUGCCAAGUAGUGCUAAAGGUCAGCCUCCAAGCAAACCUAAAAUCGCUAGUACAUUUGAUUUUGACAAGCAUGUCAGUUCGUUGAAGAAUGGCCCAAGCGGUGGGCCGAAACGGCCAAACGGGACUGGCGAUGUCAAACGGAAAAUGACUCCUGAAGAAAUCAAGAGGAAGCAAAUGAUGAUGAAACGCCGCGUGGUGGAUUCCGAUUCUGAAUACGAUUCGGAAAUGGACGAUUUCAUCGAUGACGGCGACGCCGAGGAAGACUAUUCCAAGCACAUCAAGGAAAUAUUUGGUUACGACAAAUCUAAAUAUCGGAAUAUUGAUGAUGAUGAUGACCCUACCAUGGAGUCCAGUUUUAGUCGGCAAAUGCAUGAAGAAUAUGUUAGCAAAAAAAUUGGAAUACUGGAGGAUCUGGAAGACAUGAGAUUGGAAAAACAGAUGAAUAUGAAAAAGAAAAAACGUCGAAUCGAAGAUUGAUCGCUUUAUUAUGGCAUCACUGCUAAUUGUUAUUAGGUUGUUUUUGCACUGAUUCAGAUUUUUCAAAACAAAAAAGGACUGAUUGAAUAAAAAAUGUCGCAGAUUUUUGUUUGUACUUUUUAACUCUUGAAAUGUGAUGUUUAGAAUUUAAUUACAAGAAAUAAUUUUUGUUUUUGUACAGUGUUCUAUUUUAUGAAAAUGUCAUUAUGUAGUAGGUUAUGUUGAAAGUGUUGUAAUUAAUCAUAUUUUCUCUUAUUUCUAUUAUUAUACCUGGUUGCGGGUUCUCUACAGUGAUUAAAUAUUAAUUUACAAAGUACUAUUACGGAUCCUGGUAAAAUUAAUAAUUUAGCUUUUUGAUUUAGAAAUUAGAACCAGGUUACCGUAUUUAUAGCUUUAUUUUCUUUAUAAUGAACAUAACAUAAAUCUUAUACAAUUCAGUUUUAUUAAUGUGUUUAUCUUUCUGUGGCGUUAACGUAGUGUUGUUUAGUACUCAAAAUUAUAUAAAUUUUGCAAAAAAGAUUCACUCCACUUUAUUUAACUUUGGUCCAACUAAAGUCGUGGAUCUAAAUGUGUUCAGAAUGUCGAGUUGUCUGACAAUUUUGAUCUCACAGUAAAGUUUUCGGUACCCAUACUAAUGGUAUAAAUUAUAAAAAAAAACAAUUGUGCCUUGAUGUUUCAAAAUAAAUGCUGAAAAUUAAGUUAUAUAAAUAAAAGUAGGUAUUUAGGUACAGUAAAAUUUUGUACAUGAAUUGGUUUUCUAUUGCUAAAACAACCAGCAGGUAAAACGAUUAUGACAUCAAUGCGCUUUUGUGAAAAAUAUAAAGACAAGAAAGAAGUAUUUAUCAAUGUAAUAAUAGAAGGAAAAUAAAAAUAUUUGUAUCGCAUA